AAUCAAUGGGUGACAAUAAAUUGCAUUCAAUAGCAAAUUUAUGACAAACAGUGUUGCCAUGAAAAUCAAUAUCCCUCUCUUCUUGGGCCUGGUAACAACAUUUAUAUAUAAGAAUUCUUGGCCAUAUGAUAUCUAAUCUCUAAUCUCAUCUUAUCUCUCUCUUCUGCAUCUGUCUCUCUAGAUCUCUGUGUUAUGUUAUCCAACCCUUAAAUGCAAGAAGAGUGAAGCAAAAGGAUGACUAACUGGUGAUGAGGGUAAUGUGGCCAUUGCUCCUUUCAACACAGUCAUUUUCCGUACAGGUUGUGUGUGUCUUGUAGGGCCACUUGGCAGGUUUUACACAACGCACGGUGCACUGCAUUGGUCUUGUAGGGAAAUGAAAAAAAAAAAGUGAACACAAAAAGUAUCUAUAAAUAGUGGGUGUUUGAGAGUUUUGUUCAUAUUGUACUAGCAUUUCUGUUUUGAGGGAGUGUGAGUAUAUCUUUGUUUGCUUCCCUCGGAAAAGAAUAUCUUUGUGUGGAGAAGAUGAGUUCUACUGCACCUGUAUUUGGAGUUAGUCCAGGAAAUGUUCCAGUGUUUCAUGGAAGUGAUCUGAAAGUGGUUGACAGAAGAGUAAGGAUUACAGAGUUAGUACUGAGGUGUGUGAUAUUUGGAUUAGGUGUUCUUGCAGCUUCUCUUGUUGGGUUUGAUGUACAGGUUAAAAAGAUCUUCUCUAUUGAGAAGAAGGCUCAGUUUACUGACAUGAAAGCUCUUGUGUUUCUGGUGAUUGCAAAUGUGAUAGUUGCAACAUAUUCAUUACUUCAAGGGUUAAGAUGUGUUGUGAGUAUGCUCAGAGGAAAUUUGCUCUUCAACAAGCCUUUAGCUUGGGCCAUCUUCUCCGGUGAUCAGAUGAUGGCUUACUUGAUAUUUGCUGCGGUAGCUGCUGCUGGACAAUCUGCAGUGUUUGCCGAGUUGGGUCAACCAGAAUUGCAAUGGAUGAAGAUAUGCAACAUGUAUGAUAAAUUUUGUACCCAAGUAGGGGAAGGAGUGGCAAGUUCCCUGAUUGUUAGUCUUAGUAUGGUGACUCUGUCUUGUAUAUCAGCUUUUAACCUGUUCCGCUUGUAUGGAGAUAAUAAAGGCAAAAGCAAUGGAAGAUGGUAGAUAAUCAUAAUCCAGCUUUGUAACUUGGUUGGGAGUUUUAACAUACAGCAUAAGUAUGCUUUUGUUAACUAUUUUGAGUGUAAUAAUAAAGGGAUGUUUUCUGAUGAAAUGUACUAGUUGAUUUUAUGAUUAGUGAAUCUCCAGGUAUGUAAUUUGCCAAAAAUGUCCAUCUUUUUGUUAAUGUAUUUUGUUGCGGAAA